UCCUCUGUUCGCGCGCGAUACCAUACAGGCAGCGAGUCGUGUAUACCGCGGACUCGAGAGUAAUCGCGAAUCUUGCGUGCAUGUCGCAAAAAGCUGUGAUAAUCGCAUUCUAUUUUGUGAAUAAAUAAAUCGCAUAGUGUGAGCGUGUCGCGAAUCUUUAAUUUGCAAUCGAUUCGAUCGCCGGCCACACGAGCGCGAAUGGCCCAACGAUCGGUAAGGCGCGAGAACGUCUUUUUUUUCGUACACACUUUCGAUCGACGACGAAUUUUUGCCGAGUGAAAGUACGGAUCGCAAGUGGGCAAGAUAUGUGUGCCAGGGCUUAAGCCAGUUAUACGCGCACCGGUGCAGCAGCACUGCAGACUCCUUUUGUGCGCAACGGUGAACGGCCUGCGUAUAACGAGGCUAGCAGUCGAGUCGGACAGCGAAGAUGAGCUCGAAGGACGCGGAAGAUCUUUCGGCUACCAUACCGCUGCAGCCGAACGACAAGGGCCGGACGAGUCACGUCGUGAUCGUCGAUUCGAACGGCAGCAGCGGCGGCACGGCUGGCUCCGGCGUCGGCUCGUCGCCACAGGUGGACAUUCAGUUUCAGAACGUCUCGUACUCGGUGCCGAUUAAAAAAGGAAAAUGGAAGGAAAUACUGAAGAACGUGAGCGGCGAGUUUCGCUCGGGCCGUCUGACGGCCAUCCUCGGGCCCUCGGGCGCCGGCAAGACGUCCCUGCUUAAUUUGCUGGCAAAGCAGGGCCCGAGGAACGGCGUGGGGGGCUGCAUGCGCCUGAACGGUAGCAGCUACGAGGAGCAGCCCGAGCUGUUUCGCCGGCUGAAGGUGUGCUACGUGCCGCAGGACUUUGCCCUCAUGCCGCUGCUCACGUGCCGCGAGACCAUCUACGUGGCGGCCAGGCUGAAGCUGGCCUGCGGCGACCGAGAAGCCAGAGAUUACAUCAUCGACGACGUGGCCAAGCGCCUGGGACUGCAGGACUGCAUGGAGACGCUGAGCUGUCGUCUGAGCGGGGGCGAGCGCAAACGACUGUCCAUCGCCCUGGAGAUAAUCACGAGCCCGUCGGUGUUGCUGCUCGACGAGCCCACCAGCGGUCUCGACAGCACUUCCUCCAACAAGGUAACGAGUCUGCUGUGGUCGAUCGCUCGGACGGGCGGCUGUACCGUCGUGUGCGCCGUGCAUCAACCGAGCAGCCAGAUGACCUGUCUGUUCGACGAUCUGCUGGUGAUGAGCCGAGGCCGCGCCAGGUACUGCGGGCCCAGGGAUCGCGUGCUCGACCACUUCGCCCGGGCCGGCUUCGCCUGUCCGACUUUUUACAAUCUCGCCGAGUUCGUAUUGGAAGUGGUGACGGGCCAAAGAUCCGGCGGCGACGAGUACGAGGCUCUGUGCAGCAAGGACUCGUCCGGCAGCGACGAGUACUCAUGCCAAUACUCGCUGACGAGCUGCUCCGACGACGUCGACUCGUCCAACAACAGUCCGCGAUUCAGUCGCUACGCCGUCUCGCAAUGGGAGCAGGUCAAAGUGUUGCUCUAUCGAGCCUCCAUCUGCAUCAUUCGGGAUAACACGCUGACGACCCUGAGGCUGGCGGCGCACUUGAUCGUCGGCGUGCUCAUUGGAAUAGUAUUUUACAAUUUCGGCCAGGACGCCAGCUACGUGCAGAGCAACGUCGCCUGUGUCUUCUUCUUUGCCAUUUUCUUGUUCUUCGCCAAUUCCAUGCCCGUCGUGCAGAUGUUUCCGACCGAGGCGACGGUUUUCAUCCGAGAAAACACGAAUCACUGGUACUCUCUGGGCUCGUAUUACAUCACCAAAGUACUCUCCGAUUUACCGUUGCAGAUCAUCUGUCCGAGCGGCUUUCUGGCGAUAGCUUAUUACAUGACGGGUCAGCCAAUGGAAGUUUUUCGCUUCUUUCAAGUCUGGCUGAUAUGCACGCUGUUCACGGUGCUCGCGCAGUCGUUCGGCAUACUCACUGGCGCUGCCUUCGACACGCAUGCCGGAAUGUUUCUGGUGCCCGCCUUCAACAUACCGAUGUUUCUCUUCGCCGGAUUCUUCCUCAAGCUCAACGAGGUGCCGGUCUACCUGCGAUUCUGCUCGACCGUCAGCUACUUCCGCUACGUGUAUGAGGGCAUUCUCCAGGCGAUCUAUCUGGACCGCGGCAAGCUCGACUGCGUCAAGGCCGACUUUUGCUACUUGCGCACCUCCGAGCGCAUACUCGAGGAGGUCGGCAUGCCGUCCGUGCCCUAUUCCAUGACGGUCGUGGCGCUGCUCGUCUGGAUAGUCGUGUUGCACGCGCUGAUCUUCGUAGUUCUCAGGUGGAAGCUCUGCCUGCGAUCGAGAUAACGCGUUUCGCGACGAUGGAUCGAUUCGUUUUUGCUUCUCGUCUCUAUCGACCGCGAAAUCUAUAAUAGAAAAUUUCGAAAACAAUGUACGAGUGUGUCAAGAAUGUGAUUUUUUAAUCAAACAUUUUUUCGCAAGUUGGCAUUAAGCUUGUUAUCGAAAACAUACUCGUUAUUUUAUACUCAUUAAGCGUGUACAAAAAUUAAUCAUGAUUGAAUGUGAUAUUAUUAAUUAAUGCGUAAGAUUUAUAUUUUAAUAUAUCUUUGUAACAUUAUCGUUUAUUUUUAUAAAAUCGUUUUUAUAUACAGUAAUUUUUAUAACAAAAGCAUGAUAAAGGUGGGUCGUCGUUUUUUGUAUACAAUUUUUUUGUAGAAAAGACAAUUUACUUUAUAGAAUCAAAUGCUCGUAUCGAUACGUACGUAUUGUUAUCGCAAAAAGAAAAAGAUCAUGUAAUAUGAGAGAAAUAUUUUAUCACCAUGAAAAAAUAUAUGUUAUUUACGUUUUAUAUAAAAUGUUAGUUUCAUCUUCAAUUGCAUCCUCGAGUAAAUAAAAAGUAGGGGAUUUCGGGUAUUUACAGUCGAUCGAGACAAAAUAAAUACUCAGCAGAUAAUUACUUGAGAGUUAACGAAAAUUCAUUCAAUAUGCCGCAUUGCUUGGGUGCAAUCGAUGGUAGACAUGUGCGAAUCCAAAAACCUGCUAAUUCACAUUCACUAUAAUUACAAGAAAUAUCACUAUAUAGUAUACCAAACGGUCGUAGACGCAAACUAUACAUACAUGUUUAUUGACGUUGGGACAUACAGUUCACAAAGUGACGGUGGCGUAUACAAAAAUUCUGAGCUUAAACAAACUUUGGACCAAAACUUUUUCGAUAUACCCUCUAUGAAUCAUCAAUCAAACGAGGCGAACCAAAAGAUUCAAGUUCCAUAUUUUUUUUUGGUGAUGGAGUCUAUCCAUUGCCUAGUAAUAUCAUGAAGCCGUUUCCAGGAGAAAAAUUAAGCAGAAAACAAUUAUUAUUAAAUCGAAAAUUUUCAAGGGCUCAAGCAGUGGUCAAAAAUGCUUUUGGGCACAAUUCCUAGAAAUGGGAAAUUUCUCAAGACCCGCUCACACUUUCUAGUUUUAUACAAAAAUAUAACGUUAGCCUCUUGCGAGUUUCUAUAAAUUCAUGUACGCCACCUAUCGGCAAUAUAUGAUUCCCGAUAGCUUUUUGAAAGUUUCGUUAAAACUUUCGAUUCAAUCUUUAACUAAGAGUUUCGCGCGAGUUAACUGAAACGUUAUUUGUGAAAUCCUAU